AAGGCUGUGGAUGGUUUCUAUGAGUACCUGAAAAAUAACAACAUGAAGUUCGCGGGAAGCGGCGACAAAGGACCAUACUAUGCGAAGUUCUGUUCAAUCGUGCAAAGCUCGGGCACAGGAAAAUCAAGACUAAUGACUGAGCUCCGGAACAAAGGCGUUCUUGUUUUGUACAUGAACCUUCGUGAUCCGAGUGAUCCAGGCUUCCCUAUGCGAGACGUAGUGCCUGCGCGUAUAUUGACGGAAGAUAUGGGCUGCACUCAAGCCGAGUAUACCGCUCGUUGUUGCGCCUUCUUUACGGCCAUAUUCCAGACGCUCCAGAAGUAUCUGAGCGACGAGUUUCCUCGGCUGCGCUCUCAGGCUAGCGGUCCUGAUGCUGCAAUCAAAUCGUGGAAUGACGAAAUGUGCGACAUGCGCUCGGAAGCUCGUACCAAGUUCUUUCAGGAAGUUCAAGAUCUCUAUGAGAAGAUCCUUGAUAAGAUCAAAUUAUCGAAGCCCGAAGAGAAAACCGACUCCGCUGCGCCCACGGCGGAGGAGACCGCCGUAAAGUUAGGGAGUAUGUCUCUCACAGAUGGGAAGAUCAUGGUGCCGAAACUAGAAGGCGAAUCAUUCGUCAAGACAUCUUAUAACAACAUGCUGGAGGUUUUGAAACGUAUAUUCAAUAAGAAGGACAGGGACAUGGUUUUAAAUCAUGAUCCUAAACUCGUGAUAGCAUUCGAUGAGGCCCACCCUCUGAGUAACAUGAGUAUCAAGGGUUUUCGUCCAUCACAUAUUGUUGGCAGGACGAUCAAUUGCUACUCCAAGAACUGCCACGCAUCAGUCUGGGUCGUUUUUGCAUCCACAACUUCACAAGUGGCGCAUUUUUCAGCCCCUCAAAUGAUCCAUGACUCUUUGCGCGUAGCGGUGGCUGGUCAACUGGUAUACCCGCCUUAUACACAUCUUGGCUGGGACCAGCUUGCAGACCCUCUGUCUAACAUAUCGGCGAAUGAUGUCGCAAAGUUCAGUCAUAUCGUCGGAUUCGGUCGUCCACUGUGGAAAUCGCUCGCGGGAAAAUUUACUAUCGCUGAGAUUGUGAUACUGGCUGCCCAGAAACUGUGCAAAUCUAUGACCUUUGACCUGACGGAUACGAACCAGGCUCUCGCUAUCCUGUCUCAGAGAUUCGGUCUCGACAUUUGCUUUGGUCACCCUGAUGCUGUCUCUUAUCUCGAGAAAGCGGUGGCUAGUCACCUGCGUAUAUGCUUCUCGACGACUGAAGAUAGGACGUGGACCUUCACCGGUUAUCCAUCGGAGCCCUUUCUAUCCUGCAUUGCAUCAAUUCUGCUCCAUAGGACGCCCGACAGUCUGGCGAACGCUUUGGCGGUCUUGAAAAGAAAGGCUGAUGGUGGGAUGGUCGAGAUAGGACAGAGCGGAGAGUUGGCCAGCAGGCUUUUGCUGCUUCUCGCCAAGGAUCUCUUUAUCCGCAAGGACCCCUCCCAAGACGUGAUCAUGGAUAUACACCAUGUCGGAAAUAGUGAUGCAGAUCUGAUAGACUGUCAGAAGGUCCCCGUCAUCGAUUUUUUGGAAUAUCUUUUUGGCGAGACUUUCUGGUCGGAGUUGGCUGAGGCUAAGGCAGCAUUUCAGCAUGCCUACAUCAAUUUCUCGCAUUGGGUAGCAAUGACAGAGUUCAUCUCACCGCGAAUUUCCGAUCAGACUGACGCCGAUCCAUUGAGCGCUAGAUGCAGCGCCGAAGAGUGGACCUUGCGACACUGGCAUCGGACGAGUGCGGUGCAAUGCUGUCAUCUGCAGCCGCUCGUUGACAAGAUGAUUCCUAUAUAUUUUGACGAUCCGGCCCUUGGCCCCAACGAUCUCGACCGCGUAUCACAGAUAUUCAUUUCCGACAAGGCGGGGAAGAAUUGCCAUGAGCAAGACUUGAGGUUCGUCACUCGCAAGCAUGAUUCGAUCCAGUGCCUAUCGAAUCUCCCCUACAUCGCUCUCCUUCUCGACCUCAACGUGAAACCAAAGCUUGAGGUUACAUUUCCGAAGAAGGAACCAAAUCAUGUUGAAACAGACCGAUGUCUACGGAUCUACGCUUCUGGAAUCAGCGACAUCACGUUUCCGGUCUUGGGCCAACAUUCCGAAAUUGCGACACAGCUGCGUGGGCUUGUCUCUCGGCAAAAGGAAGCACCGUCCCAAACAACUCUUGAAGCUCUCGUUAAAUUUGGGAGUACUGCGAGGCUACGCAAUUUGCAGUGGGAGGCACAAGAUGCAUGA